UGACGAUGAAUGUCAUAAAAUUACAAUUAUAAUUGUUAUUUGUUAAUACUUGAGAGAUUAAGCUACCUGUUAAGAACAUAGGGAGCUAUAACGUUUUAUUAAAACAAAGUGUAAGUGAAGUGAACUUUGAUCUUUAGUUAUUUCGCGAUAACCUAAAAUUUGCCAAGAUUAAAGCGGAUAUAUUGCAGUGACGGACUAAUACUGACGGACAACAGUCUUAUCAAUUAUUUUAUGGUAUAAAGUCUAUCGGUCGUGCAAGAUCGAGCGUAUCCAAUAUGGGUAACAAAUCGUCUCUAUUGUUACGUGAAGAAGAAAUAGCGCAAAUACAGGAGGAGACUGGCUUUACACCAAAUCAAAUUGAAAGGCUGUACUCCCGUUUCACAUCACUCGACAAAAAUGACUGCGGUACCCUCUCCAGAGAGGACUUCCUGAGGAUCCCAGAGCUGGCCAUCAAUCCUCUAAGCGAGAGGAUUGUCCACUCAUUCUUUGCGGAGAGCCAUGAUGACAGGGUCAACUUCUUGCAGUUCAUGAGGGUGCUGGCUCACUUCAGGCCAAUUAGGAAGAAUAAGGAUAAUAAACUUAAUAGCAGAGAUGAGAAGUUGAGAUUUGCAUUUUCCAUGUAUGAUUUGGAUAAUGAUGGCAAGAUCUCCAGGGAUGAACUGUUGGCUAUAUUACACAUGAUGGUUGGAGCUAAUAUUAGUGAGGAACAGCUAACAAGCAUUGCAGAGCGUACGAUACUGGAAGCCGAUACGAACAACGAUCAGAUGAUCUGUUUCGAGGAGUUCUGCCACGCGCUCGAGCGGACAGACGUCGAACAGAAGAUGUCCAUCCGUUUCCUCAACUGACCUCCACACUCCUGAACCUCAUACAUCAAGUACUUGCUUAUGAUGCUGCUCGCUCUUAUCGUGUAUGGGCUACUCAAUAAGAAGUCUUAAUAUGAACUCUUGUAUGUAUAUCAGUGAUUUAGUUUUGGUGUAGCUUUCGUGAUAUUAUAAUUGGGAUGUAUUAAAAAUGUAGUUUAUGUGAACGAGGUAUCGCAAGUCUUAAAAAUACCUUCCGCUCUGAGGAGCUUUGUGUGGCGCUAACCAAGCAAACUACCCUUCUUACCAAGUGACGUUUAAACAAUCGUGAACGUCAUUAGAAAAUUUAAUGUAUGGAGAUGACAGAUCGAAGUCACGUGACUUGUGCCGAAAUGUCAUUUUCAUACAUUUUGAACGUUAUAAAAACGUUAUCGACCACGACACGGCACGCGAAUGACUUGCGGUGCCUUGUUUAAACAGAGUCUUAACGGCAAACAACUAGAACAUUG